GCAGCCCCUACGCGGCGUCUUCCGCCCGGCUGCCGGGCCCUCCCCCAGGUUCGGGCAGUGGGGCCAGUCAGGGCAGCGGCUUCAGCGCUGUCUGCGCGUGCGCGGCGGCGGGGAGUGCGUGUGCGCACUAGGGGGACAGCGCUCGAUGGAGCCGGAGCUGGAGCCGCUGCAGCGCCUCGGCGGGGCCCUGCGCGCGGUGCUGGCGCGUGUCCGCGAGGGGGAGCCGCCCGCCCGCCGCGCCUGCCCCGCCUUCCAGCCGCCGCGCUUCUGGGCCGCGCUCGCCCGGAGCUUCCAGGCGACGUCGCGGGAGGCCACGAAGCUGAGCCUGGCCUUCUCGGGGCCGCUGCCGCCGCGCGCCCAGGACCGCGAGAAGCUGUGCGACGGUGUGCGGGAUGCCGUGCUGGCGGCCGCCGCGGCCUACCACGGGCUGCCCAAGGACCGAGGGACCACGCUCCGGAAGAUGGUGCGCGACGCCACCGCCGAGGUGGUGGAGGGCACGAUCCAGCUCACAGACGUGAUCCUGAGCAGCGCUCUGCAGAGUUUGUCUCGGGAGCAGCUCGUAUCGACUGGCGGCGUGUGGGAGGCGUGCGAGCAGGUGUCCAGCCUGCCGCGAGAUAACCAGGCAGCCGUCCUGUCAGUUGUGGCCACGUAUCUGGAAGUGGUCAAGGAUGCCCUGAAGGAGAUGGAGCAGGCUCAGGUUGAAGGAGGUGACCCCUACGGGGACAUCAUGGAGGAUGAGGAGCUGGGUUCUCGAGGCAAUCGGGAUACCUACUGGUCCGAGGCAGACCGGAAGCUGCUCAGCCCCUGCAUGGGGCUGAUGAAGGCCUCCAAAGCCUGCCUGAAGAAGGUCUUGGGUGCAGUGAAGGCUCACGGCAAAGCAGACACACCGGAACAUGUCGCGCAGCUGGAUGACCUUGCAGACAUUGCCAACGAGAUCAGCCCCUGUGUGGACGAGCUGGCACUGAGCAUGUAUCCACCCAUGAACCAGCUGGCUGUGCGCCUCAAUGCAGCUAAACUGGCCUCUGUCCUGAAGAAGAUGCUAGAAAUUGCAAGGGCAAGCCAUGCAUGCCCCCCAUCCGAGGAGGGCUGGGUGCUGUUUCUGACUGGGGCAGUAGAUCACAACAUGAACAAAAUCAAGGACUUCACACAGGGUGAACUCUGAUGCCUGCGUCCCCACAUGCUGUGGUCAGGGUCUCAGGUGGAUCUGGCCAUUCCCUGCCGCCAAGGGAGUGGGAUGAGAGCGGGGCUUGGAGUGAGGAGCUUUUCCAACUGCGAAGAACUUUACAAAAGCAAAGAUGGCUCGCUAACGAUCUCUAGCAGCUGCCAAAGCAAAGCUUAGACUCGGGACAAUGUGGAGUUGUAUAUGGAUGCUGUGGAUGGGUCUCGUCCCUGCUUGAUGUUCGGGCUAGCCGUGAAGGCAGAAAGAGCAAUAAAAUAUAACUGGGUUCAUG